GCAGCCGAGCGGAGCGUACAGUGACUGAGUUGCAGCAGGGCAGAUCAGAAAGUGCCUGUGGCAGCGCUCACACUUCCUUGCGCGCUCCUCUCCGGACCGACAGAGUCGCACGAGACUGGCGACACGCUCAGACACCGGUGUGCUGGCCGCGCGUGACCCGAGGAGCCCACUUUUGACGAACACACUCGGGCUCCGCUGGCAGGAAAGCUGGAACUAAACUACAUUCAUUGACUUGAGAGCGAUGCACUGGCAGCAUGGCCAAGUGGUUCAAGGAGCACCUAGGAUUCAAAACUACCAAAGCACCCCCUCCGGCGCCUCCGAAGCCGGACUACAGACACUGUCACACCGGUGUGCCCGGUGCGCCUGGCUACCAACAAACAAGCUCUGGGGCCACCUUCCCGAGCCCAGCGCAACCGGACAUCCUCGCUGCGUACAAACUACAAAAGGAGCUGGACUUCGAGGACCCGUACACUCCAGGUGGAAAUAUUUCAUUCGGCUCGAGCAUGAACAGUGUGGGGUCGUCGGAUAUCAAGUAUGUGUCACCGAAACACCGACUUAUCAAGGUGGAAACUAUCGAAAAGCCCAGCCCAGCUCCAGGCGGAGGUGUCACAGUCACCCAGGCUGUUGCUGUGGGGAGUGUUAAAUCUCCCACUUCACCUCCCUCGGACCACGACAACAAGGAGAAGCUCAUUAUCCUUGAAGACUACGCGGACCCUUUCGAUGCCGAGCAGGCCGGUGGCACUCAGACCACCACGGAAAAAGUGACGACGACAGAGAAUGAUGGCUACAUGGAGCCAUACGAGGCCCAGAAGAUGAUGGCAGAAAUACGAUCUGGGGGGCGAGGGCCUAAGGAAGGAUCGGGGCGGCAGCUGCCCCUGUACGACACGCCGUAUGAGCCGGCGGAGAACGGGGGGGACUCUGACCCAGACUUAUGCUGCCCCAGAGAGAGCCGGCUGCCCCAGGAUGACGAGCGACCCCCCGAGGAGUAUGACCAGCCGUGGGAGUGGAAGAAGGAGAGGAUUUCCAAAGCUUUUGCAGUAGAGAUUAAAGUGAUCAAGGACCUACCGUGGCCCCCCCCUGUCGGCCAGCUCAACACCAGCCCUCCCCUGGUGGAGGAGCUGGAGUCUCCCUCGCAGACAGCUCAGCCCUCGCCUGGACAGACGAGCUGUGACCAGCACCACCAUGUCCAGUUUGAUGGUGUGGACAAGUCUCGAAUGUCGCCUACCAAGGAUGGGAAAACUCGCCCGCUGCAGCGACACUCCAGUAGCUGUCUGGUCAACACAAAAAUGUCUUCACUGGACCACUGCAGCUCCUCUCUGGGGGAGCGCAUUGACCCCGCCAUGCCCCUGGAAAGCCAGUUCUGGUACCAUGGAGCGAUCAGCCGGACAGACGCAGAGUCUCUGCUCAGGCUGUGUAAGGAGGCCAGCUACCUGGUGAGGAACAGCGAAACCAGCAAGAACGACUACUCCCUCUCACUAAAGAGCAGCCAGGGCUUCAUGCACAUGAAGCUGUCACGGACGAAGGAGAGCAAGUACAUCCUGGGCCAGAACAGCUGCCCGUUUGACAGCGUGCCUGAGAUCAUCUAUUUCUACUCCAGCCGCAAGCUGCCCAUCAAGGGUGCCGAACACAUGUCCCUGCUGUACCCCGUAGCCAUCAGGACACUAUAGUGCUCCGGGUCACCGGCAGGCCCCUGCCGUACCCACCGGGCAACCCUGUGGCUCCACGCUUCCUGUCCCUCUGGACAGUGCCCAGAAGGCUCAUGGGAAUUUGAACAGUGGCAUCCCGAAACUGCUGAUCCUUACUCACCUCACUAGCCAACGGAUUCCAGACCUGUUUUGGAGGCCGACUGCACACUAUCUGACACAUACUGUACAGACUCAAUGAGGCAGAAGGCUUUAUUAUUUUAUUUUAUUUUAUUUAUGACAGACACCCACUUCAUUACAUCACAGACUGACCAACUGAUGAACAUCAUUUCACUGAUUCUUCAGCUGAUAUCCCUAAGCACUUAACACUCAAAGAAAUAGAGAGGUACAACAUUGUAACGUGUCACUGGGGUCUACCUUUUCCCAGAAAAUAUUUUGUCCUAGGAGUGCACAUCAUAAAACUGUGUACGCUCAUUUGGUUAGGCUCUGUUGAUUCUGUAAUUGUUUGUAAGAGGACUUGAAGAUUGUAAGAGCCGUGUAAGGGAAGCGACAUUUAUGAGGCCUGUUGAGGGAUAUUGUGCACAUGGGCCUCGUACAGUGGUCUGGAUAUUUAAUAAACUGGCCUUGUAUGAACGGUGAGUCCCCAGCUGUGUGGAAAUAACAGGCCUGUAAGCAGUGCACACUGAUCUCUCGAUCUUGUCAUAGUACAUGCUGUCUGCUAUCCAUCACAGGGGGGGUGUAUCACACCAAUGACGGUGUAAGUACCAUGGUGGCGGGACAGGCAGGAGAUCAUGAUGGAUGGGUCAACUCAUCUGACACAGUACAAUUGGCCGAGGCUGGAGACCAGAGCCUGUCCAAAUGGACCAAAUUAGCCCGGCGACCCCUCCUUAGAAUGGCUUUGCAUCGGGAGAAUGAAAUAUGCCUGCAUUGUCUACCUCAGAAAAUCAAUUUCAUUCGCCCAUCUGCAGAUCAAUAGGUACAAUGGGAUUGCAGACAUCGAUCGGCUCUCCCUAUGACAUUCCCAAUUCCCUUAAAAUGACAUCAUCAGUUUAUGGAUAUGUUUUUUAAUUACAAGAUUUUUUUUUAAUGAAAACAAAAGUAGAUUUUCAGAUCAGCAUUUGUAUGUAUAGUCACUAAUAUGAAACUGUGUGAUGUCAGUAACAGAUGUUUGGUUAAUGCCUUAUAAUGCAUGGGUCGAAUCAGUCCGCUAGAUCAGCUGAUUUCCAGUUCUGCUUUUAACGAUUGUUCUGUGACUGUAAUUUAUUCUGGGGUAAUCAUUACUGAUGUGUUACUCUUUUGUGAUGGCCCCCUGGCCCUCAUUGUUCCGUGCCGAUGUGAUCGUGUUGUUUGGGACUACUCCAGCCUCUUUACCUGUGGUGCUUUGCAUUUUUGUUGUUCCUAGUUCUGCUCAAUGCACGUUUGCCUCAGUGGCCUGACUUUGGGAAACCAGUCACGGCGUCUCCUGACCAAGGGGAUUGUCAAACCUCACAUGAGAGACGAUUGCAUAUUCUCCUCCGGACCAAUCACAGCGCAGCCUGUUAGAACCAGAAAAAAAAAAUGCCUACCUUCAACCUUUCAUGCUUCCUCUUUGUAUUGAAAUGUCUGAAUCAUCUACCCUUUACCACCAGAUGUGCAUACAUUUGUGAAUGUGAUGAGUAUGCAUGUGUCAAACGCGUCCAACAUGAAAGGAAAAGUGAUAUGUAUGCAUAUGAGAAUGUGUGCUCAGACAUUGUGAGUUCCAGUGAUUUAGCCUUGCUGGUACAAACAGGGAACAGCCCUUUUCUUGAACUCUUUGGCUGUCAGAACCUUAUUUGUUCCUCUUUGAAACCAAGAAACUAGAAGACAGCCCAAUGACUUUUUUAUUUAAAUGGCCUCUUGUUUUUUUUGAACAACCACAUUUUAUUCAAGCAACUCAUAGGACUCUUAUGUGUCCAAUAAUACUUCAGCCUACAGUAAAUACUACUUCUGACUAAUAACAACGAAUAGGCUCAGUCUAAUCAGAGGGCCUAAUGUUGGUAGCACUAAACAGCAAACAUUUGUCAGUCUUAUGAGUUGCAAAUUUCUGUGGUUGAAGAGCAAAUCCCAGUAAAAAUGGAAAUUAUAGGGGGCUUUGGUCCAAGGUGAAGACACUAGGAAUUAGAAACAGACUUAUGCGAGCAUGACCACUGUAAAUAGAAAGUCAAAACAUAUGGACCCUGCUGUGUGCUAUGCAACUAUGAACUGCUGUCAUUGAAGGGAAAUGUAUUGGAGUGUGUGCCUCCACCAAAUGUUUAUGACAAAUGUGAUGGUACAAGAUUUCCACGAGAAGAGAUAUAAUCAGCAGAAUGUUUGAAAUGUUAAAGAGAAGAGUAAGAAGAGAGAGGUUUAUUUUGUUGGUGCAGUAAGUGAGCAGACAGAUGUUGCUAUCAUCAGAUAAGUAUGUAACCUCUGCAGCUUUAUUAAGGAACGGUAUGUUGUCGAAGUGGACCUAUGUAUUUUCUUGAGAGAAGAUAUCCUAAGAAGAAAUUAAAUAAACUAUAUGUGUGAUGUAUCCUCUAUGUUCCCUGUGUAAGAUAACAAAAGUUGACAGUAGAGGCUCUUUAUUUAGUUACUGCUGCUGAUGAAAACUACUCUACUAAAAGGAAAGAGCCUGUGUGUGGCGGCCGCACUGCCUAGAGAGAGGCCUUAGCUAUAAGGAGAAAGGGAAAUGGAUGUAAGGGGGGGGAGACAGGGGGGGGGGAUAUGCUGCAAUCAGCAGACACUCUUCACAUAUUUCUAUCAUUACAUCCUGAAAGAGCACUUCUCCUCCCUCAGAAGUGUCUUAAAGUGUGCUUGUGUGCACAGCACCCAUAACAAAAGUGUGAGUGUGUGUGUGAGCAACCAUCAGCCAUUGACUUGCCCCGUGUGUAUCUUGUGUUUCACUUUACUGUGCUAAAGUGGCAUGUAUGAGUUUCCUUUGUGUACAUUUCCCUGCCAUGUAUGUAUGCACUACUAUAACAUAUCUGUACAGUCCCUCAUGGCCAAAUGUAUAUACUGAAUGUAAUGUAUGGGGACAAGAGGCAUCAAGGUUCAAAAUAAAUAAAAAUUGGGUUUAUGAGUUAA